GACUCUUUUUUUUUUUUUUCUUCUCCGUGGAUUCUGAGGAGUUUGUUGGAGGAGAAGUUUCUCCUCUGCUGGUUUUCUCACCCCCUCCUCCCUGCCUGCACACUUUGUGGAUCACUCAGGAUGCUUUGGAGGAGUUGAUGCGCCGGAGGCUGGACUGGGUCUGACUGACCACCAUGGCGCAUGCAGCUCGGUUCCAUCGCAUCCUUCUGCUUUUAUUGUGGACUCUGUCCCAGUGCGCAGCAUCCGGCCAGGUCCGGCACCAGUUCCAGGUCCUGGAGGAACAGCCUGUGGGGACCUACGUGGGCACCAUAGAGACCAGGUCCAGCUUCACAUACCGCUUCAGUGAGAACCACAAACUUUUUGCGAUCAACGGCUCCACGGGGGAGAUCUCCACCUCAGCUGUGAUCGACAGAGAGCUCCUGCAGAGUGAUAUCAUUAAUGUGGUGGUGCUGUCCAGCCAGCCCACAUAUCCCACCGAGGUCCGGAUAGUGGUUUUGGAUAUAAAUGACAACUCUCCUGUGUUUCCGGAUGCGUCUAUUGUGGUGUCCUUUAAGGAGGACGCCAGCAGCGGGAGACAGGUGAUCCUGGACACGGCCACGGACGCGGACAGAGGGACUAACGGAGUGGACCACACCACCUACAGGAUUGUGAAGGGCAACGAGCAGAGGAGGUUCCGUCUGGAUAUUACAGUCAACCCCAGUGGGGAGGGGGCUUUCCUGCACCUUGUUUCCACCGGGGGCUUGGACAGGGAGGUGACUCCCUUCUACCAAAUCCUGAUUGAAGUGGAGGACAAAGGAGAGCCCAAAAAGUUUGGCUACCUGCAAGUAAACGUUACCAUUCAGGACAUAAAUGACAACCCCCCCAUGUUUGAGCAGGACCAGUAUCAGGCCAGUGUGUUUGAGGAUGCUGCGGUGGGUUCCAGCGUCCUGCAGAUCUCUGCAUCAGAUCAGGAUGAGGGGGCCAACGCUGAAAUCAGGUACUUUUUAGACGAGGGGACACCCUUCCAAAUUGACCCCAAAGCUGGCACCAUUAUUAUAAAAGAGGGUCUGGAUUAUGAGAGUAAAAAAGAGUACUCCCUGACUAUUCAUGCUGUAGACAAUGGUGUCCCCUCUCUGUCAGGCAGAACUGAAGCCACAAUAAAACUUUUAGAUGUAAACGAUAACGACCCCAUUGUGAAAUUCAGGUAUUUCCCCACAACCUCCAAGUUUGCCUCCGUGGAUGAGAACGCACAGAUUGGCACUGUUGUGGCGUUGCUCACCGUCUCAGACGCAGACUCUCCCACAGCCAACGGGAAUAUUUCCGUUUCAAUCUUAGGAGGCAACGAGCAGAGGCACUUUGAGGUGCACACGUCUCCCGUGCCCAAUUUAAGCCUGAUCAAAGUGGCCAGUGUGUUAGACAGAGAGAGAAUUUCAUCUUACAACCUGACCGUGUCCGUGUCUGACAACGGCAAACCCAUGGCCAGGUCAUCUUUUGCCAGUCUGGUUAUUUUCGUGAAUGAUAUCAAUGAUCACCCCCCCAUAUUUCAGGAAACUCUGUACCGAGUAGAUAUCAGUGAAGACAUACCAAAAGGCAGCUACAUUAAAGGCGUUUCUGCAACAGAUGGUGAUUCUGGGCAAAAUGCCAACCUGCGCUACUCGCUGGUGUCUGGAAACACUUUGGGCUGGUUCUCCAUCAUUGAAAACAGUGGUCUGGUUACCAGCGCCGCUUUGCUGGAUAGGGAAAUAGCAUCUGAAAUUGUGCUCAACAUCAGUGCCAAAGACCAGGGGCUGCAGCCCAAGAUCUCUUACACCAAACUGAUAAUCAACAUCACAGACGUGAACGACCAAGUGCCUACGUUUACCCAGAGCACGUAUCACGUUUCUCUGGUGGAGCAUGCUCCUGCUGGCACUGAACUGGUGCUGCUUUCUGCUUCAGAUGAUGACCUCGGGGCCAACGGAACAAUCCGGUUCUCAUUUGAUGCAGAAACGCCGGUCGGUGUCCAGGAGUUGUUUCGACUGGAUGCUGCGUCGGGCCGAUUAAGCACGGCUGUGGAGCUUGACAGGGAGGAGCAGGCCUCGUAUUUACUCCACAUCCACGCAGCAGACGCAGGCAGCCCUCCUCUGCACUCUGUAGGAAAAGUCAACAUCACCCUUUGGGAUAUCAAUGACAACAGGCCCAUUUUCUAUCCAGUGCAGUAUUUUGCCAAUGUGAAAGAAAACGAGCCUUCGGGUUCUUAUGUAACAACCAUCUCAGCCACAGACCCAGACUUAGGCCGAAAUGGCACAGUUAAAUAUAUAAUAACUGCUGGAGACACUUCUAAGUUUCGCAUUAAUAGCAACCAGGGGAAAAUUACCACACUUGUGCCCCUAGAUAGAGAAGAGAAAACUGCUUACCAGCUGCAGGUGACGGCAGCAGAUGGGGGAGGCCUGCGCUCAAACACCCAGGCCAUUGUGACUGUAACUGUUAUAGACACACAGGAUAACCCGCCGGUCUUUGCUCAGAAGGUGUACAGCUUUGUCAUGUUUGAAAAUGUGGCUGUCGAGACAGUUAUAGGGAUGGUGUCAGCCACCACUGUGGAUCUGAACACAAACAUUUCAUAUCUGAUCACCUCAGGGGAUCAGAGGGGGCUUUUUGCUGUGAACAGUGCUGGUCAGAUUGUAGCAUCCAGUCAGAUAGACCGAGAGGAGCGAGGGUUUUAUCAGCUGAAGGUUGUAGCCAGGGCAGGGGUGAUCACAGGAGAAGCAUUUGUUAACAUAACAGUGAAGGACUUGAAUGAUAACGCUCCUCAUUUUAUUCACUCUGUGGAGCAUGUUAGUGCUGUAGAAAACUGGAGCACGGGUCAUGUAAUAUUCCAGGCCAAAGCGUCAGAUCCCGAUGAAGGUCCCAACGGUAUGGUGGUCUACAGCCUUAGAGAAAACCCCAAAGACCUGUUUCACAUCCACGAGAAGCAUGGCCUGAUCACACUGAGUGGGCCGCUGGAGGUCACAACAAGUUCCUACGAGAUUGAAGUUAUUGCGUCGGACAUGGGUGUCCCCCAGCUCACCUCCAGCCUCGUCCUCAUUGUCAGCGUUUAUGACGUCAACGACAACUCACCUGUGUUCAGCCAGCUUUCAUAUGAGGUCAUUAUCUUGGAGUCUGAGCCUGUCAACAGCAGGUUUUUUAAAGUGGAGGCCACCGACAAAGACUCUGGUCUUAAUGGGGAGAUAAUGUAUGACAUCACUGGUGGCAACACCCGUGAUGUGUUUGGCAUUUUUCCUGAUGGGCAGUUAUACAUCAAAGCAGAGCUGGACAGAGAACUACAGGACAGAUAUGACUUGGUGGUCGUAGCCAACGACAGGGCCGUGGAGCCACUGAGCGCCUCUGUUAAUGUCAGUGUGAUCCUAGAUGAUGUGAAUGAUAACCGUCCACUCUUUAACAGCACCAAUUAUGUGUUUCAUUUUGAGGAGGAGCAUAAAAGGGGGUCACUCGUUGGACAAGUUUUCGCAGAGGAUAGAGACUUUGGCCCAAACAGCGAAGUCAGAUACACAUUUGAGACUCUGCAGCCCAAUUUUGAACUGAACGCCAUCACAGGGGAGUUGACCAGCACUCUGCAGCUGGAUCGCGAGUCACUUAUGAGACAAAGAGGCGCCGCUGUGUUCAGUUUUGUGGUUGUCUCAUCAGACCAGGGUCUCCCCAAGCCCCUCAGAGACCAGGCCAAAGUACAAGUUUACAUUCAAGACAUCAAUGACAACCCACCUAAAUUCACCAAAGACAUUUACCAGGCCUCUGUUUCUGAGUCAGCCCAAAACAUGACUCAACUGCUGCGGGUCUCUGCCUCGGAUGUGGAUGAGAACAAAAAUGGACUUGUUCGUUAUCACAUCAUUGAAGGCAAUGAGGAGGCCCAGUUUGUAGUGGAUGGCAGCUCUGGACAGGUGACUCUUGUUGGAAAGCUAGACUAUGAAACCACAUUUUCUUAUUCAUUGAAAAUCAUGGCAUUUGAUGCUGGAGUUGUGCCUCUAUCCUCCUCUUGUGUGCUGAGUAUUAGCAUUCUGGAUGAAAAUGACAACUCCCCCUCUUUCCCUAAGUCCACACUGUCUGUGGACGUCCUGGAGAACAUGAGGAUUGGAGAACUGGUGGCCUCUGUGACGGCCACGGAUGCAGAUUCAGGUCAGAAUGCAGAAAUAACAUACAGCAUCACAGCUACAAACAAUCAUGGCACAUUCAGCAUCAGCCCCAACACUGGCAGCAUUUUUUUGGUUAAAAAACUGGACUUUGAAACACAGUCUUUGUACAAACUUAACAUCACUGCGAAGGACAACGGCAGACCGCCCCGAUCUUCAUCCAUACCUGUGGUUAUUCAAGUUCGAGAUUUUAAUGACAACCCUCCAAUAUUUGCUCCUGGAGACAUUUUCAAAUCCAUUACUGAAAACCUUCCCAUCUCCGCCUCAGUCAUGACCAUCACAGCACACGACACAGACGCAGACAUAAACGGACAGCUGGAGUACUCUAUUGUUCAGCAGAUUCCGCGAGGGAACCAUUUCAGCAUUGACCCGAGCACUGGACUCGUUUACACCAACAAGGAAAUAGAUAGAGAGUUCUCCAACCUGUUUGAGCUGACGAUCAAAGCCACUGAUCAGGCUGUUCCUGUUGAGUCUCGCAGAUUUGCCCUGAAAAAUGUUACAAUAUGGGUCACAGACCUGAACGAUAAUGUUCCCACCUUUGUGUCCCAGAACGCACUUAUUGCUGAGCCCAACAUACUGAUUGGCUCCAUCCUGACAACAGUGGUGGCCUCUGACCCUGAUGAGGGGGCAAAUGGGGAAGUAGAGUACGAGCUUUUGGAAGGGGACUCAGAUACUUUCAUCAUGGACAGGUACAGCGGGGAUAUUCGUCUGGCCUCUCAGCUCGUCUUGUCCCGGCUCGUGUACACCCUCACGGUGUCAGCCACUGACCACGGCACUGACCGCAAGACCUCCAGAACAGAGCUCACCAUCAUCCUGGAAGGGAUGGAUGGGCCUGUUUUCUCUCAGCCCAAAUACAUCACCAUUCUCAAAGAAGGCCAGCCGCCGGGCACCAACGUCAUCUCCCUGGAUGCCUCGAGUCCAAGAGGCUCUGCAACCAAAGUGGAGUAUUUCAUUGUGGCUGUACGCAGUGACGGGAAAGCUGUUGGUCGCCUUUUCACAAUCGGCCGCCACACAGGAGUGAUACAGACAGCCGCAGAGUUGGACAGAGAACAAGGCUCAGACCUCUACCUGGUGGAUGUGUACGCCAUCGAGACGGACGCCAGCCAGCCCAGAACACAGCGUGCCGAGGUGAGUACACCGCUGACCUUAUUCUCUGCAGGUAUCUGA